GACAUAACAUCUCUACCAAACAGAGAAUCUGGAAGGACUGAAGAUAUUGCUUGAGAGUAAAAAUUGAAUUUCACAAGUGCAGCCAUGGAAUCGAGAGUUGAAGUAGGAAAUGCGGGACGAGAAGCGGGAUUGAGUGAAGAUCAAACUGGAGAAGAACUUUAUCAGCUAUUUCUUCGGAAGCAUGCAGAGCUAACAUACGAAAGGCAGGGGUAUUGUCCAGAUGAAGAGAAAUUCAAAAAAUUCCUGGUAUCAGAUUUCAGAAUCUUCUUAGAAAGGCUUGGAAUUACGAGAAAAGAUUUGGACCCUUUAUCGUGCAUCCAUGUGGCGGGUACUAAGGGAAAGGGAUCGACAUAUUCUAUGACAGAAAGGAUAUUAAGGACAUACGGCUACAAGACAGGCAUCAUAAGUUCACCCCCUCUAUUAGAGGUUCGUGAGCGAGUCCGUAUCAAUGGGGUACCAGUUUCCAGAGCCUUGUUUGGAAGAUAUGGAGUAGAAUGUCUUGAACUGCUAGAGAAGAACAAAACGAAAUUUGGUCAAACAAUCUCGAGCGGUAUAGGUCCAUUUCCGAUAUUCACACUCGUUGCUUACUACAUUCUUGUCAAAGAAAAGGUAGAUGUCGCUGUUGUGGAAGUAGGACUGGGAGGCGAAUAUGACUCAACUAACGUUCUUUGGUCUCCAACUGUGACUGGUGUUUCGUCUUUAGCCAUGGAACAUGUCUCACUACUCGGCGACACACUGGCUAAAAUCGCCUGGCAUAAAUCAGGCAUAUUCAAGAAUGGUCGACCUGCUUUUACAGUGCCACAGCGAGACGAAGCGAUGAAUGUGCUUGUACAACGGGCAGAGGAACGAAACGCACCUUUACGAGUUUGUCCUCCUUUAGGCGACUACGAAUGCAAUGGCGUCAGUGUCAAGUUAGGUCUUGCUGGAAAACAUCAACGCAGUAACGCAGCUUUGGCCGUUCAACUCACUAAAACAUGGCUUGAUGAGAAAGCUCCAGGGAGAAUCCAAUUCCAAGCUAUCGGACCACAUAAUGGAGAUAUCAGCGGCAACUCGUCAAUUGGCGAUAAACUCGGCGAUGGGAAAGUUCAGAGAGCGACGCCAUUCUUUCUGCCAGACGAAUUCUUACGAGGAUUCGAGUUAUCGAAGUGGCCAGGACGUAACCAAACAAUCCGGAAAACCGGCGUCACUUACUACAUCGAUAAUGCACAUACCGAAGACAGCGUGGCCUUCUGUAAGAAUUGGUUUGAAGAAGAGGCAUCGAAUGAGGCCAAGAUGAUCCCAGGAGUCAUCAAAAAAGUUCUCAUCUUCAAUCUAGGCGGGGAUAGAGACGGUUACACGAUACUACGACCUCUUGUGGAAUACGGAUUCGACGCUGUUGUGUUCUCGGUCAUGCGAACCGUAGUAACUCAAGAAAAUGAAGUGAGAGAUUACAAAAGUAUGCCGUCGUUAGAUGAUCAGCUGAUGAAAUGUCACCAGCAUCUGGCAACCUUUAAGAAGCUCCAAGGUGAGAUGUGCAACUCAUUCCAAGAUCAACGUGACGUCAUACAAGCGCCAAUCUUUAAAGUAUCGCCUUCCGCUACAGAAGCACUUCAAUGGGUGUUAGGCUCUCGUAUGUGUCUUGAUGAUAGGGAAUCGAUGGACAUGCCCGAUGGUGAAGGGUUCUUGCAAGCAGCUGACCAUCUUCAGGUGUUGGUCACUGGGAGUAAUUUUAUUGUCGGAUCGGUUAUCCACGUUAUCGAACCUAACAUGUUCGAUAAAAUAGAGUACUAACAUUUCUUUUCUUAGAAUCUCUUGCCGGGUCAGAUGUCUAUGUUUGAGUUUGUACAAAAAACAAACGAAUCGCGUGAUUUACUUUGUAGAGGGACCCAAAUGAGGUAAAUGGGUACCUGGCAGGAAUUAAUCCUUGAAAUGCUAGAGCGCUGUAAUGGCAGCUAGGCUAAGCCGGGGUAAUAUUAAAUGCACCACGGCAAAUAAUUUCUCUAUAGACUGUGCUAUAGAAAUGCCUAUUAUUAUUAUUAUUAUUUGUCAAUAAUGUAUUACAAUCUUGUGUUUUCGGUUACUUUCAGUUAUUCAUUCAAAAUUGGAAAAAAACACAUUAACAUUUUCACGCAGUUUCAGAAACGUUUGUAUUCAGAUUUAAUUCUGUUACUUCUUUAUUUGCUUUUCAUUGCAACAUACCUGUACAUUUUAUUUUAUUUAUUUUGAUGGGAAAUAACGCACUGUGCUGGUUACCAACACCCCAUUUCUCCCACUUUCUGCUCUAAAUGAGUAGAAAGCAAGCAAACUAAUCUGUAACACGUGCCCCUUUCAUGUUGCAUGACCUCUUUCCCGGCCCCUUUAUGCCUCGCAAGGAAGGGGAAGGGUGUACGGGAGACAAUUAAUCCCUCCUUUAUAGAAAGGCAGACAAAAAUAGUAUAGAAAGACGUGGUAGAAAGAUAGAUAAAUUGAGAAGAUCACGAGGAAACGAUGACCAGACUCUUUCUCAGGUCUCCCGCGCGGGCAAUAAUCGCACCACACUCUGUAUACUCCCUCGCAUUUCGCUCCAUAGCACAUGUUAUUAAGAGUUCAAUUAUUAUCUGAAUAUGAGAUGGGGUCGUCGUAAUAACAAUAAUAAAAUAUUACGUAAAAUAUAGAUGCUCCAGUGUUAUGGAAAUAAAGAUCAGACUCAGUCGAUAUGUUUAUAUCACUAUAAUGCAAAUAAUUAUGUACACAUGUUAUUAUAGGAGAUAUAAAAAAACGUUUUGAUAUCAUUCGAAAUAGAAACUGUGGUUGAAUAUAAUCAUGAUUAUAUCUGCCCAUAUGCAUGCAGAGUGAUGAUAUAUUUAAAUUUAUGAAUUUAUAUUUUGUUUAUUUACAUUGAAUUAUGCAAUAGUAGUAUAAACAGUUUGGUAUGGUGGUUAAAUUAUAUUAUAUCAUUAAAUAUAUUAUAUCAAUAUAGUUAUUUUAUCACAGUGGUGAUGGGAAUUGAAAUUAAUUAGAGAUUAAGUGUAUGUUUUGUGGAAAAUCUGUGUGAAAUAUCAUGAAAUUAAAAUGAAGUGUAUAGACCAUGGG